UUCCCGAAUGACUCUCUCUCUCUCUCUCUCUCUCACUCUCUCUCUGCCAAUUUUUAAUCCACUGGUAAAUGUAAUGAAGACGCUAUCACGAACAAAUCGGAUUACCUCUACUUUCUGUUAGUGUAAAAAUAGUAAUUACCAUAAACACAAUCAGGAACAAAUGCACCAAGAAUUUUCAGAGCGUACAUUUUCUGCAUGGGCUUUUGAUUUGAUUGAUUUUCAAUUCAUUUUUUCAAAUUGGAGCCAAUAAUUUUCUCCUCGUCUUUUUCCGUUGAGUGGUGGCCACGCUGAAGCGGCGGUGCCAUCUCUCUUCCGGCUGUGUCCCAGCGGACGCCGCCGCCGAUAUGACGACUGGAAACGAUUCUCAUACGCCGCCCACUGCUGCCGAACCACAGCUUGACCCGGAGGCUAGCGUCAUCGACGUUGAUGCUGCUUCCGCCAAUGCAAAAGGCUGGGCAGCCGAUGAAGAAGAGUACUCCGAUCCUUUCGACAUUGGCAACACUAAAAAUGCGUCCCACGAAUCGCUCAAGCGUUGGAGAGAAGCUGCACUUGUUCUUAAUGCUUCACGUCGGUUCCGGUACACAUUGGAUUUGAAAAAAGAAGAUGAAAAAGAACAACGAAGAAGCAUGAUAAGAGCACAUGCUCAAGUCAUACGAGCUGCAUUGCUUUUCAAGUUGGCAGGACAGCGAGCAAUCGUAUUGGGUACAGCAGUGACUCCUCCAACUCCCAAUGGGGAUUAUGGAAUUGGUCUCGAAGAACUUGCGUCAAUGAGCAGGGACCAUAAUAUUUCUGCACUACAACAAUAUGGAGGGGUUAAAGGAUUAUCAAAGAUGCUAAAAACAAACACAGAAACUGGAAUUGUUGGUGAUGAUGAAUUACCACAACGACGGAAUGCCUUUGGGUCAAAUACAUAUCCUACAAAGAAAGGACGAAGUUUCUUGAGGUUUCUUUGGGAGGCUUGGCAAGAUUUAACCCUCAUCAUCUUAAUAAUAGCCGCUGCGGCAUCAUUGGCUCUUGGCAUAAAAACAGAGGGCCUGGAUGAUGGAUGGUAUGAUGGAGGAAGCAUUACCUUUGCUGUACUUCUUGUUAUCUUUGUUACCGCAACCAGUGAUUACAGGCAGUCACUCCAGUUUCAAAAUCUGAAUGAGGAAAAGCGAAAUGUACAAGUGGAGGUUAUAAGAGGUGGUAGAAGGGAUAAGAUUUCAAUAUAUAACAUUGUCGUUGGUGAUGUCAUACCUCUCAAGAUAGGUGAUCAGGUUCCUGCUGACGGAAUCUUGAUAAAUGGUCAUUCUCUCGCCAUUGAUGAAUCUAGCAUGACAGGGGAAAGCAAGAUUGUUCACAAAGACCAGAAAUCACCAUUUUUGAUGUCAGGUUGCAAGGUAGCGGAUGGUGCUGGAACCAUGCUGGUAACUGGUGUGGGAAUUAAUACUGAAUGGGGAUUGUUGAUGGCUAGUAUUUCAGAAGAUACAGGGGAAGAAACACCAUUGCAGGUACGCCUGAAUGGGGUUGCCACUUUCAUAGGCAUCGUGGGGCUGACUGUUGCUCUUUCCGUGCUCAUUGUUCUCUUGACCAGGUUUUUCACCGGGAAUUCAAAAAAUGCUGACGGAUCUGUUCAGUUUGUCCGUGGGAAGACUAGCAUUGGUCAAACUGUUGAUGGAGCCAUAAAAAUUAUUACCGCUGCAGUCACAAUUGUGGUUGUCGCAGUCCCAGAAGGUCUUCCUCUUGCUGUAACCUUGACCCUAGCGUACUCUAUGAAGAAAAUGAUGGCUGACAAGGCUUUGGUGCGGAGGCUUUCAGCUUGUGAAACUAUGGGAUCUGCAACAACCAUUUGUAGCGAUAAGACUGGAACAUUAACCCUGAAUCAGAUGACAGUAGUUGAGGCCUAUGUUGGGAGAAAACAAAUUGAUCCUCCAGAAGAUGGCUCACAGCUGAAUACAGCAGUUUCCUCUCUUCUAGAUGAGGGAAUAGCUCAGAAUACUGCAGGCAGUGUAUUUCCAUCUAAGGACGGUGCAGGGAUAGAUGUUUCUGGAUCUCCCACUGAAAAAGCUAUUCUUCAUUGGGGUGUCAAGUUGGGGAUGAAGUUUGAUGCCGUGAGAUCAGAAUCUAUUAUUCUCCAUGUUUCUCCUUUUAAUUCCACAAAGAAACGAGCGGGUGUUGCAUUACGAGUACAGACUGACUCUCAAGUUCAUCUACACUGGAAGGGAGCAGCUGAAGUAAUUUUAGCCUCAUGUUCACAAUAUAUGGAUGCAAAUGGUAGCUUGCAGUCUAUUGAUGAGGAUAACAAGGUCUUUUUCAAGGAUGCUAUUGAAACUAUGGCUGCAAAAAGCUUGAGGUGCGUUGCCUUUGCUUAUAAAACAUGUGAGACAGACAAGGUUCCAACUGGAGAAGAACAAUUGGAGCAAUGGACUUUACCUGAAGAUGAUCUUGUUUUGCUUGCAAUUGUUGGUAUAAAGGUGGGAACUCUGAAGAAUUAUACGAAUUCUCAUUUUCAAGGCAUCAUAACAUUUCGUGAGUUGUCUGACAAAGAGAGAGAGCAAGUUGCAAAAAGGAUAUCGGUUAUGGGAAGGUCGUCGCCUAGCGACAAGCUUUUGCUCGUGCAAACAUUGCGUAAACUAGGGGACGUUGUUGCUGUAACUGGAGAUGGAACCAAUGAUGCUCCUGCAUUGCACGAGGCUGAUAUUGGUCUUGCCAUGGGAAUACAAGGAACUGAAGUUGCAAAAGAAAGCUCAGACAUCAUUAUCUUGGAUGACAAUUUUUCUUCAGUAGUAAAGGUUGUCCGCUGGGGGCGUUCCGUAUAUGCAAAUAUUCAGAAAUUUAUCCAGUUUCAGCUCACUGUUAAUGUUGCAGCUCUUGUAAUAAAUGUUGUUGCAGCAGUUUCUUCUGGCGACGUCCCUUUAAACACCGUGCAGCUUCUUUGGGUUAAUCUCAUCAUGGAUACAUUGGGAGCUCUGGCAUUGGCUACCGAACCACCAACUGACCAACUUAUGCAUAGACCUCCAGUUGGUCGAAGGGAGCCUCUUGUAACAAAUAUCAUGUGGAGGAACUUGCUUAUACAGGCUAUAUAUCAAGUUACAGUUCUCCUUAUUUUUAACUUCUCUGGCAAGAUCGUUCUCAACUUGAAGAAUGAGCUGCCAGAACAUGCUAACAUGGUGAAGAAUACUGUGAUAUUUAAUGGAUUUGUUCUUUGUCAAAUAUUCAAUGAGUUCAAUGCUCGGAAACCAGAAGAGAUGAAUGUCUUUGAAGGGGUGACCAAAAACCACUUCUUCAUAGGCAUAGUGGGAACUACAUUUAUACUUCAGAUAAUCAUCAUUGAGUUCCUUGGAAAGUUCGCCACAACAGUUAAGCUGAGUUUGAAUCUAUGGCUAGUUUGCCUCGCCAUUGGUAUUUUCAGCUGGCCCCUUGCUGCUGUUGGAAAACUGAUUCCAGUUCCACAGACACCUCUAGCCAAGGUGUUCAUUAAGCCGUACCAGAGAUGUGUUGCAGCUCGUCAUAAUUCUAGUUAAUAAAUAUUAUCCAAUGUUUCCAUACAUUAAGAAGCCCAUCCAAUUGCUUGAAGAUCGAAGUAAAUGUCGCUACCUUGGCACUUUGAAUCUAUGAAUAUAUAUGAUAAUAUAUCAACUUAUCAAAAUGGGAUUAGAACCAAAAAUAGGUGAUUAAUUCAUGUACAGCACAUGUACAUGGAAAAAAUUCAGUAUAUGUGCUAUUGCCUUGAACUCGGUUGCUUUCACCCUUUUUUUUUUGGACAUACUUUAUUGUACUUUAAUUCAAUAAAAAGAGUGGUAAUUAAUGGA